CAUUUUAAAGCAGUACAAGGACCUGGGAGGCUCAUUCGAUUUGUUGACUGCUUCUCAACUCGUUUCUAAAACUUAAGAAUCCAAACUUAAAAGACUAUGGAGGGUGCAAUGAAGUGCGUGAAGUUCCUGUUUUUUUUCUUCAACUUUAUCUUCUGGUUGUGUGGCCUGGCUCUCAUCAUAGUGGGCGUUUUGGCGAGGACGGCAAUCACCAGGAUUCCUGCAAUUCAGGAGGUGGCCAGCACCGCAGCCCCCAUUGUGAUCAUCGUGGUAGGAGCUGUGAUCUUCUUAAUCGCCUUCUUCGGCUGUUGUGGAGCGUGGAAAGAUAACUACUGCAUGGUCACUACGUUUGUCAUCCUGCUCUCCAUCAUCAUCAUCGUCGAAAUUGGAAUAGCCAUUGCUGCUUAUGUCUUGAAAGGAAAGGUGGAGGAUCUGACGGAGAAGGUAGUGCAGGAAAUGAUGAAAAAUUACACAACAAAUCCGACUGUUCAGAAGAACCUGGACGAAUUACAGAAAGAGCUGAAAUGCUGUGGAGCAGCGAACUCUUCUGACUGGGCGUUCUUCAAGCCUGACAAGAACUCCGUUCCCGACUCCUGCUGCAAGAACAUCUCAGUCAACUGUGGAGCCGGAGCCCUGAAAGACGCCAACAAAAUCUACACAGAGGGCUGUAUGGCUGCUGCGGAAGAUUUUAUCCGGAAAAACAUUCUCUGGGUUGGCGUAGCAGCUCUUGUCAUUGCCUUCAUAGAGAUCUUGGGUGUUGUGUUUGGCUGCACACUGAUGAGCGGGAUCCGCAAAGGCUACGAGGUCAUGUGAUCCCAUCGUUGAACUUCAGUAAAAAUCACUUUGACACUCCAGUUGAACACUUCAGAUUUGUAAAUGCCUUCUUGCAGAGUCUAAAAUUCUAGACAAAAAAUGUGCCUAUAUGCAGGUAGAGAACACCUGAACCUUGCUUUUUAAUCAUAGAUGCUGAAUUACUGUCUAUCAUUUCCUUGUUAUGUCUCAUAAAUUUGUACUUUAGUAUUCUUUAUGGACUUCUUUUAGGGAGAGAUUGUACUUUUAUACUCUCACAUUUCAUGUAUUGUAUUAUCAAAUUUUCAAUGUUGGAAUGGCAUAAACAAUAAACUUUUACAGUUUCCCCCCAA